GAGCUGCCUGUGCAUCAAGUAGAAUCGAGCAAUUAUAUCCAGUUGUAGGGAUGGAAAGUGCUAAUUCUUGGGUCGAUGCGAAUUUUGGAAAUAGGCCCUUCAAAUUUGAUAUCAAACUAUAUACCGAGACAUUUAAAUCACAAGAUGGUUUCUUAAUGUUGUAA